AUGAAGGCAAGAAGAUUAAGGUGGGUGGAGCAUGUAGCUCGUAGCAAUCCAUCUGGAAGCCUUUACGUAACAAUAAACUCCUCAAUAAAAGAACACGUGGAAGACAAAAAAAUAGGAGAGAGAGCAUUGAGAGGCCUCGAGAGAGGAACAGAGAAGAAGAGAGAACUCUCACUUUGUGACAGAGAUCCUAAUUACCCUCUCGAGCUGAUUCUGGGCCGCGAUGCGAAACUUCGCCAUUCGAGACUGUUUCUGCGUCGCUGA